AUUAAUAACGUCCGGGUUCUCUUAAUACAUCCAUGGUAGAUCCUAAAUAGUAUCUGCUAAAAUGGUCGAUGUAGUUAUACCAGAGUAAGCCAAUCAGAGGCAAAAUAAGACAGAAUAAGACGGGCCACGAGGCACGUCCUUUAACGUCGAAAGGAUCCGAUCUAUCAUCUAUCUUGUUUGUGUUAUCUGCAGGACAACGAACGGGAAAGGACACGGAUAAGUUUAGUGUCCACAGUAAACUGGGUGAGGCAGUCGACACAAGCCAUCAGUGGUAGGAUCCUUACAUCACAGAGGAGUUUCUUCAAAUGGAGGCCUCAAAGAAGAAUAUGUCAGACCUGGAGGAGGGCAUGGUCACUAUUAUCAAAGUUUUCCACAAAUACUCGGGUCACAAGUGCAAGCUGAAGAAAGCAGAGCUUAAAGAGCUUAUCAACAAUGAAAUGAGUCAAUUCAUAAUGAAAAUUCAUGAGAAUGAAACUCUGGAUAAGCUCGUUGCAGACCUCGACCAGAACGGAGACCUGGAGAUUGACUUCAAAGAGUUCAUCACCCUCAUCGCCAUGGUUACCUCAGCAUGUGGUGAACUCUUCAUCCCAAACUACCAUAAUGAUUAGUUAGCAUGUAUAGCUACUUAUUACUUAUUAAACAUCUGAAGAUCACAGAAACAGAGUGUCUGCA